UGGUCGCAGUAGUAACAAACACACACAUAUUGUUAUUGAGACCUUACUUUUCAAUACGCGUCAUUAAACCUACAGUUAACGGAUUUCUUUGUUUACUGUUUAUCACUCGUCCCGUUAUGGCGGAACGGAUCACGAGAGAAGAUGCGUUGUCACGGGAGGGCUUCAGACAUGCGUGUCACAUUAUGCUUUACGGAGACUCUAGUGCCAAACUUUUCGGGAAAAUCCCAAUAAAACAUAUAGUUCUGAUGCAGAUGCGCUUUGAUGGCUUGCUGGGUUUCCCAGGGGGAUUGGUGAACCCGAAUAAGGAGACGCUGGAGGCGGGACUUAGCAGAGAGCUUCACGAGGAGGUGGGCGUGGCUGUGUCGGUGGGCGUGGACGAUCACAUAUCCUCCUGCCUUUCUCAGUCUCCAUCCUCCCCUCAGCUCAUCACACACUUCUACAUCAAGAAGAUGACAGAGCCAGAGCUGAAAGAGAUCGAGAGAGCAGCUGUAACUACGGCCACAGACCAUGGUUUAGAGGUAAUGGGUAUGGUCCGAGUCCCACUCUACUUCCUUAAGAAUGGGGGUGGUCUCCCCUAUUUCCUGUCCCACUCGUUCAUCUGUAACUCUCGGGCCCAGCUGCUCUCUGCCCUGCACCACUGUAGACUGCUGUCCCAGGGGGAGCUGGAGAAGGCUGUGAGACAAGCUGAGCAGAUGAGACGCACACACAGUGAUGAUCCACACUGACAUUAGUUUACACAGCGGUGCCUUUUCACCCCUGGGCCAUUACAGCUACAUCACAGUAGCCCAACCCCCCAAGUGCGGGUAGAAACACCCCCAUGUCCUCAUACUACCUUCAGUUCCUGAUUCAGCCUUGUACAACAUGUACUCUCCCUUAGAUAUCCUAUGUCUCAAAGAUGCAGACCCUAACCGUUUAUCAUAAUAUCACUAACAAUUCAUGAGCCCAGGUUCACUUAAUAGUUGAUAAUAAUGUUUUUCAUACGUCAAUAGUCCCCAUUCUACAAUAUAAGAGCAUUAAUUGAAGCAAAUUAAUGACUCUGAGAUGUUGCAAUAAUUAUACCUCUAAAAAAUGUAAUUUGUUUUUGAUAAUUUGCAUAUGUAAAUUUAUUUAUGAUUUAAGCAUAGUUGCUUAAGAGAGAUGAAUGCUAUACUUAUGGCACUGACGCCAUUCUGUUUGAUGAAUUCCUAUCAGAUCGGUUUAUGAGAUUUAUAUAUUUGCAAGUUAAAUGGUGCGUGCUAGUUUGACUAAUAAACAGCAGAUGACAUGUGA